AAUUGGGAGCUUCGCUUCCGUUGCCUGCCCCGCUCUCUGAGUGUGUUUUUGGGUGGUGGCUGUUUGUGAGUGAACUUCUAGUUCUCAGACUGCGGAAAGACUGUAUGUGUAUGCCGGACUCGCGUCUCUUUAUAAACACGCGUACACAUAUUUAAGUUUUUUUUUUCUGCUUUCAUUUUUUUUUGUUCCUGUCGUCUGAGGAGCUACUGCUGCUGCGUUGGUGGACGACGCGAGCGAUAGCGAGGACCAAUGCAGGCCAUCAAGUGUGUCGUCGUCGGCGACGGGGCUGUAGGUAAAACAUGCCUGCUCAUCAGCUACACCACCAAUGCCUUUCCAGGAGAAUACAUCCCCACUGUUUUCGACAACUAUUCUGCAAAUGUCAUGGUCGAUGGAAAACCAGUUAACCUGGGGCUGUGGGAUACAGCAGGACAGGAGGACUAUGACAGACUGCGUCCUCUGUCUUAUCCACAGACGGAUUCCUCUUUAACAGUGAUGACAGAUGUAUUUUUAAUCUGUUUUUCACUGGUGAGCCCUGCAUCCUUUGAAAAUGUCCGGGCUAAGUGGUAUCCUGAAGUGCGGCACCAUUGCCCCAACACCCCAAUCAUUCUUGUUGGCACAAAGCUUGAUCUGAGAGAUGAUAAAGACACCAUUGAAAAAUUAAAAGAGAAGAAACUCACUCCAAUCACCUAUCCUCAAGGACUGGCCAUGGCUAAGGAGAUUGGUGCCGUCAAAUAUCUGGAAUGUUCUGCAUUGACACAGAGAGGCCUUAAAACAGUAUUUGAUGAGGCAAUCCGAGCCGUGCUGUGCCCACCUCCUGCCAAGAAGAAACAUAAGAAGUGCAAGCUUCUGUGAUUGCUGGCCAGAGUACAAAAUGGAGCAUUUGGAUACUUUGAAACAGGCCAUUUAUUUCUUCUGUUGUAAUUAAUCUUUCUUAUAAUCUGUGCAUUAACCUUAACCUUUCCAAACCCUAGUUAGAUUUCAUUUAGGUUUUUGACAAUUACGCUGCCUUUUUAAAACUUUACAUUUUAUAACUUGCUUAGUCCAGAUUAUUAGGGGAUGGUGACCCACUUUUUUUUUUUUUUUAAUUUUUUUUUGUCCCCGUUGUUUGUUUUUUAUCCCUGUUUACAGUCUUCAGAUGUAUUAAAGUGUUGCCAAAAUAUCUGCUGUUAACAAGCUAUAUAGAGCUGUAACGCAUAUGUCAAUUCCAAUUCCUAGUUUUCAUUAAAAAAUAAAAAAAGCUAAAGGAGCGUUUAACGUUG